GCCUGAAUAUCAAUUCUCUUUCUCCUUAUUUGUAACUUUCACUUCUUGACCGGCAACCAGUUGCGCAAAUGUAUACAACAUGAAUGCCACGUUAUCCAGCUUUAUAUUAUUAUGUUUAGUGUUUUUAUUAUUAAUUAUCAAUGAAAACGGGGCCCAAGUGGCCACCGUCCCUUGGUAUGAAAAUUUACCAGCUGUCGCCAUGGACUAUAAAGUCCACGUAGAACCGGGUAAAGAAGACUGCUACUUUCAAUAUGUUAACCCAGGGGCCACAUUUUACGUGAGCUUUCAAGUUGUAAGAGGAGGUGAUGGUAUGGCUGGUUUCGCUGUAAGACACCCAUCGGGUAAAAUAGUUCAUCCUUAUCAAUGGAAACCCAACAGUGAAUAUCAAGAUGAUAGAUCUACCGGUGGUUAUUAUUCCGUUUGCAUUGAUAACCAGUUUUCUAGAUUUGCUGACAAAUUGGUUAACUUGUAUAUUACCGUCGUUCGAUAUGAUAUGUGGGAAUCUUAUGCUAAGGAAUUGGAAUCUAUUGAUAUGAAUAUUGCUAAUUUCACUUCCGCUAUUAUAAGUGUCGAGCAAAAUAUAAAUGAAAUGCUCCAAUAUCAAUACCAUGCCAGAGGAAGAGAAGCGUGGGAUUUUAAUUUAUUAGAGAGUAACAACACUUACGUUUUCCGUGUAUCGAUGGCGCAUAUUAUUCUCAUCGUAGCGGCGACGACAAUUCAAGUGUUCUUUGUCCGCAAACUGUUUGAAGUCAAGACUGGGUACAGUAGGAGUAGGAUUUAAACGAAAACAAUAACGUGACAUUCCCAAUUCAAUAACCAUACACAAAAGUAAUUUUAAAAAUCAUACAUAUUUUUUUGUUUCAUAACACUACCUUGGAGGAGGAGAAAUUAAAUACAUAUGAGUUGUAUUUUAAAAAUCUAUCUUUAAAAGAAUCUGUUAUUUAAGCUAUUUAUUUUGUUGUAAUUUUUUUAAAUAGCAUCUGUUGUAGAUUUUGACAACAAUAAGAAAUAAAUAUUUUAUUAAAU